AUGAUCCGAUCAGGGUCCGGCUGCCAAUGGUUCACGCGGCGGCGUCUGCAACUCUCCCUCGCCUUCGCGUCCCCGCAACACCACAAACUCCCCUUCACCUCUCCCUCCUACGCCCGCUCCCUGUCCGCGAGGGAGCUCAUCUCGCGGCCGCGCUCGUCGGACCUCGUCUCCAUCCCCAAGCUUAUCCACCAGACCUGGUUCCCGGCCGGGAGCAACAUGAGCGAGAACGCCCAGCUCUGGGUCCAGACCAUGCGGGCCCAGAACCCGGACUGGGAGUACGUCCUCUGGGAUGACGAGACGAACCGGCUGCUCGUGGAGACGCAUUUCCCGUGGUUCCUGCAGGACUACCUGCGUCUGCCCAAGGAGAUUCUUCGGGCGGACGUCGUGAGGAAUCUGUACAUGUUCUUGUUUGGAGGAAUGUACGCCGACGUCGACACCGAAGCCCUCCGACCGGUGGAAUCGCUCUUUGCCGGCCACGACACCCCCCUUCGGGCGGCGCACAGCAGCCUCCUCGGCUCGUGGACGGGGAGGGCCAAGACGCCAUCACCGCACGACGCGUCUACGCUCACGCAGCGGGCAUUCCUGGGUCACAUGUCGCACCGGGCGGGACUGGACGGUCCUGCGGCCGUGCCUAACGGGUGGAUGGCGUCGCCGCCCGGCCACCCGUUCUGGCUGCUGCCCGUGAUUCACGUCAUCGAGAACCCCAACGGUAGUGAGGAUGGCUCGGUGGAGAGUCUGACCGGACCCACGGCCUUGGCAGCCUGGGUAUUCUGGUCGAACCUGACCAUCCUCUUCAAUAAGUGGUUGAUCGAGUCGACCGAGUUCCAUUACCCAAUAAUCCUCACAACCUGGCACCUCCUCUUCGCGACCCUCGCCACGCAACUCCUCGCGCGGACCACGACCCUCUUGAACAGCCGCCACACCCACCGCAUGACGGCCCGCACCUACCUGCGCCAGAUCGUCCCCAUCGGGCUCCUGUACAGCGGCAGCCUGGUCACCAGCAACCUGACCUACCUGUAUCUGAAUGUGUCCUUCAUCCAGAUGCUCAAGGCCGGCGGGCCCAUCAUCACCCUCCUGACCAGCUGGGGGUGGCGCGUGGCGCGGCCCUCGCUCGAAUCCUUCCUGAAUAUCUUGGUCAUUGCGUUCAGUGUCGGGCUGGCUGUUGCCGGUGAGGUGCAGUUCGUCUGGACGGGGGUGGUCUUCCAGGUCGCGAGUUUGGUGUUUGAUGCCAAUCGGUUGGUCAUGAUUCAGAUUCUGUUGAAGCAGGGCCAGGGCCAUGGCCACGGCCAGGGGAAGAAGAUGGAUCCCCUGGUCACGCUGUAUUAUUCGGCGCCGGUGUGUGCGCUGACCAACGCGUUGAUCGCCCUGGGUAGUGGGGAGGUGGCCGGGUUUGAGUGGGGGGUUGUGUCGAGGACCGGGUGGGGUGUCUUGCUUGCUAAUGCUGGGGUGGGGUUUAUGUUGAAUGUGUCGAUUUUCGUGCUGAUCGGGAAAACGUCCGGGCUGACGAUGACGCUGGUCAGCGUGCCCAAGAACAUCCUCUUGAUUGUCUGCUCGAUCGUCAUCUGGGGCUCGCCGGUGAGUGCGCUGCAGGUGGUUGGAUAUGGGAUUGCGUUGCUGGGGCUGUUGUAUUAUUCGCUUGGGUGGAGGACGAUUCAGCCGCUUUGCGAGGCGGCCGUCACGAAGGUGAGGGGCUGGCGGCGCGGGGAGGUGUACAAGUAUGAGCCUGUUUAGGCUGCGUCGUCAUUUUCGAAGAUGCAUAUGUAUGAUUAGAUAUAGAUCAUGAAU